UCCCUACUUUGGGGAGUGAUUAUGAGUCUUCAAUAAGAGAAUUUGUAAAAACAAUGGUUGUGUAUACUCAGGUAUUAGCUGUUUUUCUCCAUAUAUGUAAGGUGGAUAAUUUUUUUUUUUUCUUGCUCUGUUGAUACCACUAAUCAGAACUGCUAGUUGUCCUGAGUGCCUGCCUUCCCCCCAUCUCUAGUCUGUCAGCCAUGCCAUUGGAUCUUUGACAUUUCUCUGGAAUUGGUUCCUUCCAUGUUCCCCAGUUAUCCCACCUUAGUUUAGCCACUUAAGACCUCAGGAAGAGAUAACUGGUACGUUAGCUUCCUCUUUGGUCUCUGAUGUCAUCAGCUUCUAUUCCAUCUAGCCUGCAAGGACCAGACUGUUCUGUCUACAGAAGCACUUUCAUUGGGCUAGCCCGCAGAAGACAGAUUCUGUGCUAGCAGUGCUGCUUCCUAACCAUGUCACCUUGGACCUUAUAGUCAUCCUAAGUCUUAGUUUCCUCUUCCACACCAGAGGUGUUGUGAGUAAUAAAUGAGUAAUGUCUAAAAAUGCCAGGUCCACAGUGACAACUCAAUAGAUAGUGGCCAGUUUUUGUUAUUACUAUGUAAGACAUAUUCAUAAGCUUGGAAAUGAAAAGACUCUAAUUUUGUGAAUAUAGAAUAUAGAGACUUUUCUGGCACUUUUAGCAUUUGGUACCUCCCUCCAUUGCACAUUCCUCAUCAAUUGAUUGUUUACAUGUUUAUAAACUAUAGACACUGGCACUUUGAGAGCAAGAAGUUUCAUUCAGCAAAUAUUUGUGAGCACCUUUUCUGGGCUAGCUGCAGGCAUCAGGAAUAUAAGGGUGAAUGAAACAGUCUGGCCCCUCUGGAAACUUAGUAUCUGAUCGGAGCGUACUGCAGUCCACCAGCAUGCUUGCUUGUCACAUCCACUGUAGAACACCAAGACAGCUCCUACCAAGUUGGAUCACAGGACUUCUUUGCUUCAGAUCCACCGCCUGGAUUUCCAGGGCUGCUCUUAAGGUAGAACGUCAUGACAUGAAUACCCUAAGCCUUCCCCUGAACAUCCGCCGAGGCGGGUCGGACACCAACCUCAACUUUGAUGUACCAGAUGGCAUCCUGGACUUCCACAAGGUCAAACCCAGCGCGGACAGCCUGAAGCAGAAAAUUCUAAAGGUCACAGAGCAGAUAAGAAUCGAGCAAACGUCCCGCGAUGGGAAUGUCGCAGAGUAUCUGGAACUAGUCAGCAGCGCAGACAAGCAGCAGGCUGGCCGCAUCAAGCAGGUCUUUGAGAAGAAGAAUCAGAAGUCGGCUCAAUCCAUUGCCCAGCUGCAGAAGAAGUUAGAGCAGUAUCACAGAAAGCUCCGGGAGCUCGAGCAGAAUGGGGCCCCCAGGAGCUCAAAGGACAUUGCCAAGGACAACCUGAAGGACAUCCAGUCCCCUCUGAAGGAUGCCCAGGCCAAGGCUCGCACCGCUCCCCACAGCCUGGAGAGCAGUAAGUCGGGCCUGCCGGGGGUGUCCCUCACCCCACCCGUGUUCGUCUUCAGCAAGCCCAGAGAGUUCGCCAACUUGAUCCGGAAUAAGUUUGGCAGUGCCGACAAUAUCGCUCACCUAAGAAACUCCUUGGAGGAGUUCCGGCCCGAGACCAGCGCCAGGGCCUACGGGGGCAGCGCCACCAUCGUGAACAAGCCCAAGUACGGCAGCGACGACGAGUGCUCGAGCGGCACGUCAGGCUCCGCCGAUAGCAACGGGAACCAGUCGUUUGGGGCCGGGGGCACUGGCGCACUGGACAGCCAGGGCAAGCUCACGGCCAUCCUGGAGGAGCUCAGGGAGAUCAAGGACACCCAGGCGCAGCUGGCCGAGGACAUCGAGGCACUGAAGGCGCAGUUCAAGAGGGAGUAUGGCUUCAUCUCUCAGACCCUGCAAGAGGAGACAUACAGGUACGAGCGACUGGAAGACCAGCUGCAUGACCUCACGGACCUGCAUCAGCACGAGACGUCCAACCUGAAGCAGGAGCUGGCCAGCAUCGAGGAGAAGGUGGCCUACCAGGCCCACGAGCGGUCACGGGACAUCCAGACUCUGAGAAUGCUCCUGCCAGAAGAAUACUUAGACAGCAUCCCCCCAAACUGCCCCCUUUUACAGAUGGGGAAACCAAGGCUCAGCAACCUUGCCAAAGUCACACAGCUAAUGACACCAGAGCUAGACUGAAUCCAGACCUCCUGGUCCCCAGCCUCUUCCCACCACACUUCUGGUUUCUAAAUUUAGUGUUCCCCAAAGAUCUCACCAAGGGGUCUGUGAAAAAUGCAGAUUUAUGAUACUGACUGCCCCCCCAACCCCCUAUUAGUGUCCUAAGGCUGAUGUAACUAAUUACCACAAACGUAGUGGCUUAAGACAGCACAAGUUUAUUAUCUAAAGCUCUGGAGGUAAGAAGUCCUAAAGUGGGUCUUACAGACGUAAAAGCAGGGUGUUAGCAGAGCUGAGUUCCUUCUGGAGGCUCUUGGGGAGAAUCCGUUUCUUGUCUCUUCUGGCUUCUCAAGGCUGCCGGCUUUCCUUUGCUCAUGGCUGCAUCGCUUGGAUCCCUGCUUCUGUCAUCACAUCUUCUCUGCCUCCCCUGCCUCCUUCUUUCCCUUCUAAGGACCCUUGUGAUUACAUGGGGCCCCUCUGAAUAGUCCAGGUUAAUCUCCCAUCUCAAGAUCCUAAAUCUAGUCACACCUGAAAAGUCCCUUUUGCCAUGUAAGGUCACAUAGUCACAUGUCCUGGGGAUUGGGACAUAGACAUCUUUGGGGGUUCGGUAUUCUGCACCCCAAGGUUCUGAUUCUGUCUCCUGGGGUGGAGCGCAGGAAUCUGCGCCAUGAAGAACCCCGUGACUAUUCACCGGGGGCUCCUAGAGCACACAUAGGGGAGCCCCUGCUGCCCCUCUCUCUCUCUUCGCAAGAAGAUGAUGCCAUUGGCAGGACGAAGUCCUUGUUUCCAUUUAGUAAGAUGAAAAGCUCAAGGCUGAGAAAGGUGAAUUUCUAAUUCAAGGUCCCACAGCUUUAGCCACGUGCCCUUGUCCCCACUCCCAGUAAAUAUCCUUUUCACGACCGCCCAGGCAUCCGCGGUUCUCCUUCUACGUGGUGGCGCUUGCUCUGCUCCUCUUGCACUCGAGGGAACCAAGAUCCGAGACGGGUCACGUGGCCUGGCCGAGGCUCCACUUCCUGGGCACGCCUUAACCCGGCUCCCCCGGGAGGUCUAGGAGACCUCAGACACCCCCUCUGCAAUCCCGCCCGCACGGAGACGUAUCCUUAGCAAUCUGCGGAGAAACACUUUCUACCACAGAGUGAGAUUGAUGGGCUACAUUAAUUUCAAACACGCGAGACAGAAAUGACAUCUAAGCCUUUUGGUGGAUUAUCUACACAGAGCAGGCUGAUGGGAGGCAGGGGUGUGGUGGUGACAGGCCUCUUCUGUUCCAGCCCCAGGAGGAAAAAAUAACAAAGGAGACGCUGCGUUGCUGGUGCGCACGUGUGCGAAUGAACACUAGGGGGCAGAGUUUGUCCAGGAAUGGGAGCGCCCGUGCCGCUUUCCUGUGCUUUUAAGGACGAUUUUAGAGGGGCGAGCUGAUAGCAGGAAGGAGGGUCAUUGCCUUUAAUAGCUUCUUAGUCAAUAGGUUUCUAAUUGGGCUGUUAAUCUGGAAAUAAGUAUAAAAUAAGAAACCCAGGGUGUGGAUUGAGAGCGGAUGCAAUGUGAAUAAUGAACAUCCCACGAAUGACUUUUUUAAAGGGUCAGUUGUCUCAUAAUCUUUGUUCUUCUCUUGACCGCUACAUGGCAAUUUGUCGUACGGCAGUAGGUCUCAGUAUUGAGAAAUGCCAAGUCAUAUUUUAAUGGUUUUCUAGUACAUAGCUUCUGCUGCUGAAAAACAUUGAGAAAUAGAUAUAUAUACAUUAAAUAUACAUCGGCACAUAUAUAUGCAGAUUAAUGUGAUCACGUACUGACCCAUAGACACUCCUCCUCACACCCGCUCCCAUGCUGUCUCACCACCAGAAUGGAACAAGCACUGCAGAGGUGGAAGGACAACAGCUACACGCUGAUCCCUUGCUUGGGAGUUAACCCCAAUAACACGCGACUCAGCCAUCUGUUAAGGCAGUGACAUUUAGGCAUGUUUGAAUCUACAGUGGCCUGAGGAGAUUCUCUUGUUUAGAACACUAGUAACUACCGUAUGACUAUAGUUAAUAACGCUGUAUUGCAUGUUUGAAAGUUGCUAAGAGAGUAGAUCUUCAAAGUUCUCAUCACCAGGGGAAAGAAACUUUUGGGACUAUGUGUGGUGAUGAAUAUUAACUAGCCUUAUUCCGGUGAUCAUUUUGAAAAAUGUACAAACAUUGUAUCAUUAUGUAAUGCACCUGAAACUAAUAUAUUGUUAUAUGUCAAUUAGACCUCAAUUAAAAAAAAAAAACAACCAAAAACAAACAAAACAAUAACUACCAUAAAUGAGAACUCAUUAGGUACCAGGCACUGAGGUUUUCUUGCAUGAUCUCACUUAAGCAAUAUAACCCUAUAAGAUAGAUACUAUUAUUAUUAUCUUUAUUUUCCAAUUGAGGAAACUGAAACUAAGAGGGGUUAAGUAAAUUGUCCAAGGUUAGCUAGCUAGGAAGUGGUUCUUCCAAGACUCAGACUGAGAUCUGACACCAAAGCCCAGGUUCUUAGCUCCUGUCAUUCUGGAAGCCCGAGCAGUCCUCUACUGAUGGAAAAAUCCUGGGUCAUAUGUUCUGACACUUUACAUUCUAAUCUGAGCAUGGUGCUGAUUUGGUCCAUAGUCUUAGGAAAGUGAGUCCACCUCUCUGUUGAAACUUAAGAUCUUAUAGUGAGGCAAGUACUGAAUAACUCAAGCAGUCAAAAUAAAUAUAGUAUAACCUGUAUGUUAGAGACUUGGGGCAUCAAGAGCCCAGAUUAAUGUAGAGUCCAGGGCUAUCAUCAGCCUUGAGAUCUGCAGGAACCUGGCACUGGGUUCAGAAGAAGGAAGUUUCUGUAGUACGGAAAUGUAACAGGCUGGUGUGACCUGAGUAGGAUUAUCCUGUCAAGCUCUGGGUUUAAGAAUAUGGAUGGAUCCCUCUCCUGCUCACGGGCCCUAGAGUUUGGGGGCCGUAGACGUGCAGGAGGAUGGCCAUAUGUUGGGCAGACAGACCUGUGCAUUGGACAAAUGCUGUCCAAGGCUGUCACCUGGGGGUUGGCUGGAAGAAGUCACAUGUUCCUUAAAGGACCACCAUAAGCCUACUGGCACCGUGCCAGAGCACGCCCCAGGGCGACUUGGCCAGCCACAGGGAACAGCAGUCCUGCCACUGGCAAUCACGAAGAGGCAUACUGAGCUUUGGCUUUUCUUCCUCUUCCUCCAAAGCCAGAAGCGUUAGCAUAGGGAGGGAGGGGAGUGGGGAAGAGAAGACCCUGUCUCCCCUCCACUUCCCCACUCCCAAACCUUCUAAAGCCUGUGACCUAGUCUGCGUUAGAGGCUAAGAGGAAAGCUUUGGAUCAAAUAAAGAUUGAAAUUUUAAAUUGAACAGAGCUGAAGCUUAAUAACUGAAGAGGAACCAUCUUGAUAACUAAAAUGAUGAAAAAUUAUAGAAUCAGACUGGUAUAUACAUAGCUAAUGGAGCCUGCUACCCAGUGGGAAAAGGCGGUUCCACAGAGCAUAACUGAUAGAUCUUUUUUGAGGGGGGAGAAUCCUUUUCGUGUUUAUUCCCCCAGAGAAUUGACAAUCUCCACUAAACCUGUUGCUCAAAGGAAAAUCAAUAAAUAAUACAUAUUCUGCCACAGGUGAAAGACUGGAGCCCGCUGUUCCAAACUGCACAGUUACAUCCUGCGCAUGCGUUGGUAACAAGGCUCUCCAGGACCUGGGUCUUGCAGGAGCAUCUUGGGUACCUCAGAUAAUGGCGGAAAACGCCAAGGGUUUCUCUUCUUAUCAAGAUUGUAAUUAUAUGUCUUUCUUCUGCUUUCACAACAAAUGCUAGGUUAGGAUAUUUGUCUUCUUAAGCGCCCUCCCUCUGCUCAAAGACUUCUGCCCUCUGAGAGGUCUGGAUUAAUCCCCUCCAUCUCCCCCCUGAACUUUCAGAGCUCAUCUUGAACCCUGGGCUUCAGAAUGGCUAACACAGUAUGAACUUAAUUUGCAGAAAUAAUUAUGAUAGUCUCCCCCCAACUCUGAGUUCCUUCCACCCAUUGACUAUAUAGAUUUGGGCAGUACAAGAACCCAUAGACAGAUAUAUCAGUGGAACAAAGGCAAAAGCCCAAAAAUGGAACCAAGGACUAUAUCACAAUCCACUCUGUGGUAAAAGAUGAUGUCAUCAAUUCAUGGGAAGAGGAAAGAAUAUUCCAUAAAUAGUGCUUGAAUAAUUGGUUAACUACAUGUGGAAAAACAAAAACAUUUAAAUUCUCACUUCAUACCCAUCAAUUUCCAAUGGAUUAAAGACUUAGAGGUAAUAAAUAAAAGAAUUAAAAUGCAGAAGAAAAUGUAAGUAAAUAUUUACCAGACCUUGAGAUUGGGGAAUAACUUUACAAACAUAACAACAAUAAAGAAAUCACAUAAGAAAACAUGAUAACUUUGAAUAUAUAAAAUUUAAAAAUGUAUACACUUUUUAUAUUUAAAGAAUAUAAAUACGGUAAAAAAGUAUGGUGGUAACAUGGCCCAUUAAUCCCCAUUGCGCCAGCUGACAGUGAGCCAACAGCCAGUAUGUGAGUGAGACCAUCCUAGACCAUCUGUUCCCCAGCUAUGCCACCAGCUGACAGCAGAUGCAUGAAUGAGCCCAGCCGAGAUCAGCUACACCUGGUCCAGGUCAUCAGCUACAUCUUGCUGACCCAUAGAUUUGUAAGCAAUAGUAAAUGUUUUCUGGUUUAGAACACAAAGUUUUAAGGCGAUUUGUUAGGCAGAAUUAGAUAAAUGAUGCAAAAUGAAAAUGACAAAUUGGAACAAGUCUGUGCAAGAAAUAUGAAAGAUAAAGAUUAAAAUCUUUAUUAUGAAAUGAGGUCUUAUAAAUCAACAAGAAAAGCAACAUCUGCCACAGAGAAAUGGCUAUAGGACAUGAGGAGAUAAGUCCUUAAGGAAGAAAAAGAAAUGGCUUAAUAAACUAAUGGGAAAAGAUUAGACUUCACAGAAAUGAAAAGUGCAAUCUGAAUAUUAAACCACAUAUGUAUUUUUUACUUAUUAAAUUAACAACAAUGUAUUAAAAUAUUCAAUCAUGAUGAGUGUAGUAGUGGGAUGGGCACUCUCAUAUCUAUGUAUGGAAGUAUAAUUAACAAACCAUUUUUUGAAUGUAAUUUAGCAAGAUUUAGAGAAAGCCUUUGGGGCAGAUGCAGUUGGUUGGUGUGGAACACUGCAUUAUUGUUCCCAAUUCCUCAUCAUGCUCUUUGCGUGAUUCUGUAGUUCCUUUUCCUAGAAGCAAAGUGUACUUUCUUGCAUAUUGACAUUGUGCUUGGCUUGUGGCCUGUUUUUGGCCGAUGGAGUGUUAACAAAUGUGUCCUGCAAGCAGAGCCUUCAGCAUCCUCUGGUUUCAAGUUUGUUCUCUUGCAUUUCUCGUUUUACCACAAGAAGAACUUCCCCUGUGUGCUCCUGCCCCUUCAGUCUGAGACCCAGAGUGAACACGUGGAUUUGGGAAGAUGGAAAUGGCAGUGGCAGAAUAGUGUUUGGAACUUGCGUAAUCUCCACAUAAAAACAGAGAGCACUUGAGUAGCAAAACCCAAAACCCACAGAUCUUUUCCAACAACACCAGGUGAGAAGGGAUCCCUGUGGACUCUGAAAUACAAGCAGGUGAGGAGAAAUCAUUGAUGGUCACAAGAAAAGCAGUGGGACAUCUAACAAACCUGAGAACAAGAAACCCCUAAAAUAUCUAACAGGUAUUCACUGGAAAGCUCUGCAAGCUAGUUUUAGGACAACAGCUGAAACUCUGUGCCGACUACAAUUAGCAGGUGAGUACACAGGCCUGGAGUAAGUCCUGAAAGGUGUGGAGCGGUCUAGCCCCUGUGAACUCUCAAAACUCACCAGCGAGGGCUCCUUUUGAGGACAGGGCCCUUCCCUGAGGAUACUGCUGGGAGUGGGAUUAAAACUGAGCAGACACCAUUGUAAAGCAAUUAUACCCCAAUAAACAUGUUAAAAAAAAAAACAAAACUGAACAGAACAGGCACUAUAGUGAUGAAGGAAAAGAAAGUCCAGAUAAAAGUGGAUGAGGGGAACAUAUCCAGGAACUCUUACAAAGCAAGCUGUUAUAUUUUUGUACUACAUGAAACACAACAGAAUGAGUAACUUUGUGAAGUUAAAAAAGUUAUCCUUGGUAAAAACCUCCUUGUAAGAGGUCAAAUCUUAUACAAAGUUAUUCUAAGAAAAAUUAGAAUAAGGAGCAGAAUAAUAUCCCUACAGAUAAUGAAAGCAGGCCAGAAAUAUUUGCUUUAAAAAAAUAAGAAAGAAAAAUAAGAAAAAUUUAAUGUACUAUUUCAAAAUGAGCUAAAAGACAUUAAGAAAUGAUACAAAAUAUGAAAGACUAAAUUAAUGAGAAAUAGAAAAACUCAGAAAUGAAGUGACAGAAAUUAGGAAAAACAUAGAAGUAAAAUAAAUGAAGGCUAAACUACAACAAAUCCAGUGAAUAAAUACACAGAUAAUGCCUUAAGAGAAAUAGAAGGUGAAAAUGGGGAAAUUUUUAAAAAUAAAUUAAGAAAGAGAUAAAGAUUUGAGAAACAAUACAACUAUUCAAUAAAUAUAAACAAAGAAGAUCCAGCGUAUGGUGAACAGAAGUUCCUGAAGAAGAAAAGCAAGAGAAUUGAACAAAUACUAAAUAUAAUUCAAGAAAAAUUUUUCUGAAAUAAACUCAAAAGUACAUAUUAAAAGAGCACACUACGCAUAUGAGAAUAUUGAACUGAAUGACCAAUACCAAGAGAAAUUUUAGUGAAAUUUCUGGAUUUUAAAGAAAAAGGAAAAAAACUUCUUUAGGCAUCUAGGUUGAAAGAACAUGUGGCUUAUAAGGGAAGGAAGAUUGUUAUUAGACUUUUUGAUUGUAGCACUUUAUGUCAGAAGAAAAUGGAAUAGUAUUAUAUAUUGUGACAUCCAAGUAAAGAAAAUGUGACUUUCAAGAACACAGAGAAGCUGUUAUCAACAUGAAGGAACUUAGGGAAUAUUCUUCCUAUGAGUUUUUCCUCAGGAAUCUAUUAGAGAACAAGCUUUAGGUAACCAAAAUGACUAGAGAGACUUUGAUAUAAGGAAUUAUGGUGAGCAUUACAUAUAUAGUUACUUGUAGUUGAAGACCAAAUAAGAGUAAAAGAGAGAAUAUAGUAUGUGAUGAUUGUAUGUUUUGACAAUAUGGAUGUAGUACAAUUAAAAGAAAAAUGAAGUGGGAUGGGGGUAGGGUAUACAAAAUUUAAAAAAAUUGUUUCUAGUAACAUAGUUGGUGGUGCUUAUUCUGAGUAUUACUAAUCUGAAACCGUUCUGUGUAUAAUGUAGGAUAAAGUAAAUGAGCAAUCAUGGGAUAUUCUGUCAUUCCUUAUGUCCUUGAGAACCAUACCAGAAUUCUUGUUAUAGAUAAAGGAGAUUCAGGAGUAAUAUAAAAGAGAUUAAAGAAUAGCCCCGUAGUCCUGAAUUUGGAUUGGAAGUAUCACUGUGAACUCAUGAAAUGUUUCAUCUUAAAAAAUAUAUUUCCUAGUUCUGUUCACUAUAAAAGACGAGAAAUAUUGACCAACCCAUCCAAUAGCAUAAGAGAUUGUGGUUAUGAAAUGCCAUUUUCCACUAAAAGAAAACCAGCACUUCUUGAAGAAAUGACUGAUUCCAAAUCUGUGGCAAAAAUUAUCCUGGAAUAUUUUGUCAUAUCAGACAGCAAGAAAUCUGUCAAAGACAAUUUGGGUUAUGUCAAAGUGACAUAGAAGUCAACUGGAAGAAGUUCCCAGGGGUCAAAAAUAAGAAAAUUUAAGCUGCAAUAAGGAUAAGAAUUGCCAUGGAUCAAAACACAUUGAAUAUAUUCAAAUUCAUGAAUUCAUAAUAAUAAACGAAUUGGCCUCCUUUGGAGGAUAAUAGGGAGUUAAUUCAUUCUUUUGAAAACUAGAUAAAUAAAAGAAAAGAAACAAGCAUUAUCCCGCCUUUCCCAUAUAAGCUGUACCACUGGGUAGCCAUUAGGAGAUGAGAGGAUGUGUUUUCUCUUAAAAAGUAAUUUAUUUAAUAAGUAAGGUGAAACGAUAGACUUAUUAUCAUUUUGCAACUCAAAUGAAUUAAUCGGUGUAGGCAUUGAGCAUUAAAGGCUGGUAACAUAAAAAAAAAGCAGUGAAAAACAGGUAUCACCUAUAGACUUGCCAUAAAGUAAAAGCAGGUUAAACCUGAUUCUAUUCAAGCCUCUAGAUUCAGCUGCCUAUUUGCAGGAAAUAUGAAGGACAAAGGAAUGUGCUGAGUUGUACUAUGAAUAUGCAAUCAGCAAAAUCCAGGCUGUGGGACAUUCUAUAGAUAAAUAGGCCCAGGUUCUUAAACAGAUAAAUUAUAAGAAAAGAAAAAUAUAGAGAAGGAAAUGGUAUAUUAAAAAGGACUUAAAUGAUAUGUCAAUUAAAAAAAUACUAAACCAUAGGGUCUAUGGUUAUGUACAUGAAUGAUUAAGCCAUAAACCAAUGCAAGGAAGUGAUUACUGUAAGAGUCAGAAUUGUGGUUAUUUGUGGGGAAGGAGAGGGGUAUAUUUGUGAUGGGGCAUAUAGGGAGAGUUCUGGGUGUCUGGCAAAGUUCUAUUUCUUAACCUGGGUGGUGGUUACAAGGGUGUUUGUUUUAUAAUAAUUCACUAAGAUAUAUAUUUAUUUUGUAUUGUUUUCUUUAUUUUUAUUUUACAAUGAAAAGUGAAAACAAAAAUGACCAAACAUAGAGCAGACCUUAGCCCAACCAUAGGCAAGUCUAGCCAAAUCCAAUCUAGCUUAGCCAUUUAAUUGAUCCAAGAUGUGGUCAAGAAAAAAUGUUUAUUGUUUUUUACCUCUAAAUUCUGGGGUGAUCUGUUACACAGCACUAUUGUGACUUCUGCUGUGUCAUACAGUUGACUACACAGAAGCUAUAUCAAACCUCUUAUUUCAUUAUUGAAUCUGGAAAGGGAAAGAUAUUGUUUUCCUAGCCUCCCAGCAGUUAAUGAUGGCCAUUCGAUACAGUACUGGGAAUAAGCCAGUGAGAAAAUUCUCAUAGAGGGUUUGUGGGAAAGACUUUCUUUUCUGACUAAAGGAUAGCUGUAUAUGAGGAGAUUCUCUCACUUUCCUGACUUCAUAUAUUCCUGCUUUCCUGAAUUUUGGUUGUGUGACAGUGUGAUGCUUAGAACCAUCUUGCAAUCAUGAGCAACAAGCACAAGGAUGAAAAGUCAAUCUUCUGAGGAUGUUAGAGAAAAAAAUAAAAGAGUCUGAUUUCUUGAUGACAUCAUUGAGUUUUCCUGCCUUCUUUCAGACAUCUUAGUUAUAUAAGCAAUAAAUAUCCCAGUUGUUAGUUAGCUUUUCUGUUACUUGCAGCUGACAUUCUAUUACUUCCUAACUUACUUUAAAAAAAUGUUCAUAUACUUUAACCCAGUAGUCCCAUUUUCAUCAACUUAGAUUCAGAAAGUAAUCCAAGAUAUAGUCAAAGGAUGUUUAUCAAGGCAUUUAGCUAUAAAGAGGAAUAACAGAAAAUAAUCUAAAAGUUCAGUAUAAAAAAUGAUUAUAUAAAAUAUCAAUAGGAUGACAUUAUGCAUCUGUUAACAUUUUUUUUGGAGAAUAUUUAAUAAGGAUACGGAAAAUGCUUAUGAAUAGAAAAAAUUAAUAUAUAAAAUUCACAGGGGAUUUCAACGAAACAUUUAGAGAAGAGUAAACACCUAUCCUUCUCAAAUUUUUCAAAAACUGCGGGGACUUCCCUGGUGGCACAAUGCAGGGGACACGGGUUUGAUCCCUGGUCCAGGAAGAACCCAUGUGCCAUGGAGCAACUAAGGCCGUGUGCCACAACUACUGACCCUGCGCUCUAGAGCCCGUGAGCCACAACUACUGCCCAUGUGCCACAACUGCUGAAGCCCACGCAGCUAGCCUGUGCUCCUCAACAAGAGAAGCCACCGCAAUGAGAAGCCCACGCACCAAAUCGAAGAGUAGACCCCGCUCACCACAACUAGAGAAAGCCUGCACACAGCAACAAAGACCCAAUGCAACCAAAAAUAAAUAAACAAAAAUAAAAUUUAAAAUUAAAAAACACAAAAAACUGCAGAGGUCUCAUUCUAUGAGGCCAGUACCACUGUCAUACCAAAACCGGACAAAGAUAUCACAAAGAAGAAAAUUAAGGCUAAUAUCUCUGAUGAACCUAGAUGUGAAAUCCAUUAGCAAACUGAAUAUUAGCAAACUGAAUUCAACAAUACAUUAAAAUGCUCAUACACCAUGGUCAAGUGGGAUUUAUCUCAGGGGUGCAAGGAUAGUUCAAUAUCUGCAAAUCAACCACAUUAACAAAUUAAAGAAUAAAAAUCAUAUGACCAUCUCAUAUCAAUAGAUGUAUCUCAAUAGAUGCAGAAAAAGUGUCUGACAAAAUUCAACAUCCAUUUAUGGUAAAAACUCUCAACUAAGUGGGUAUAGAGAGAAUGUACCUCAACAUAAUAGUGGCCAUAUAUGACACGCUCACAGAUAACAUCAUACUCAACAGUGAUAAACUGAAAGCAUUUCCUCUAAGAUUAGGAACAAGACAAGGAUGCCUACUCUCACCAGUCUUCUUCAACAUAGUAUUGGAAGUCCUAGCCACAGCAAUUAGACAAGGAAGAGAAAUAAAAGGAAUUCAAAUUGGAAUGGAAGAAGUAAAACUGUCACUGUUUGCAGGUGACGUAAUAUUAAUACUAUAUAUAGAAAAUCCUAAAGAUGCCACCAAAUAACUCCUAGAACUCAUCAAUGAAUUUGGUAAAGUUGUAGGAUACAAAAUCAAUAUACAGAAAUCUGUUGCAUCUCUAUACACUAAGAACGAACUAUCAGAAAGAGAAAUUAAGAAAACAAUCCCAUUUAUAAUUGCAUCAAAAGAAUAAAAUACCUAGAAAUAAAACCUAACUAAGGAGAUGAAAGAUCUACACUCAGAAAACUAUAACACACUGAUGAAAGAAAUUGAAGAUGACACAAAUGGAGAGAUAUACUGUGCUCAUGGAUUGGAAGAAUUAAUAUUUUGUUAAAAUGUCCAUACUACCCAAGGCAAUCUAUCCAUACAAAUUCAAUGCAAUCCCUAUCAAAAUACCAAUGGCAUUUUUCACAAAACUAGAACAAAUAAUUCUAAAAUUUGUAUGGAAACACUAAAGAUCCCAAAUAGCCAAAAUAAUAUUGAGAAAGAAGAACAAACAAAGCUGGAGGUAGCAUGCUCCCUGGUUUCAAACUAUACUACAAAGCUACAGUAAUCAAAACUGUAUGGUACUGGCACAAAAGCAGACACAUUAGAUAAAUGGAACAGAAUAGAGGGCCCAGAAAUGAACCCACUUGUAUAUGGGCAAUUAAUCUAUGACAAAGGAGGCAAGGAUAUACAAUGGGGAAAAGACAGCCUCUUCACUAAAGGGUGUUGGGAAAACUGGACAGCUACAUGCAAAAGAAUCGAACUAGACUACUUCCUCACACUAUUUACAAAAAUAAAUUCAAAAUAGAUUAGAGGGUUAAGUGUAAGACCUGAAACCACAAAAUUUCUAGAAGAAAACAUAGGCAGUAUGCUUUUUAACAUUGGUCUUAGCUGUAUUUUUUGGAUAUGUCACCUCAGGCAAGGGAAACAAAAGCAACAAUAAACAAAUGAGACUACAUCAAACAAAAAAGUUUUUGCCCAGCAAAGGAAACUGUCAACAAAAUGAAAAGACUGCCUACUGAAUGAGAGAAGAUAUUUGCAAAUGAUAUAUCCAAUAAGGACUUUAUACCCAAAAUCUUACAAAGAACUCAUACAACUCAACAUCAGAAAACCCAAACAACCCAAGUAAAAAAUGGGCAGAGGAUACGAGUAGACAUUUUUCCAAAGAAGACAUACAGAUGACCAACAGGUACAUAAAAAGAUGCUUAACAUCACUAAUCAUCAGGGAAAUGCGAAUCAAAACCACAAUGAGAUAUCACCUCACACCUUUCAGAGUGGCAGUUAUCAAAAAGACCACAGGGCUUCCCUGGUGGCGCAGUGGCUGAGAGUCCGCCUGCCGAUGCAGGGGACACGGGUUCGUGCCCCAGUCUGGGAAGAUCCCACAUGCCACGGAGCGGCUGGGCCCGUGAGCCAUGGCUGCUGAGCCUGCGCGUCCGGAGCCCGUGCUCCGCAACGGGAGAGGCCACAACAGUGAGAGGCCCGCAUACCACAAAAAAAAAAAAAAAAAAGACCACAAAUAACAGGUGUUGGUGAGGAUGUAAAGAAAAGGGAACUCUUGAGCACUGUUGAUGGGAUUGUAAAUUGGUGCAGCCACUAUGGAAAACAGUACGUAGAUUC